AUGUUCAUUUGCGAAAGUGGAAGUUUCAGCAAUCAAGAUGACAGUGAUCAUGAAGCCUAUGUCAGCCCCUGCUCCACACCGAAGCGGUCGCGGCGGAGCACCAGCUUCUGCAAUAUCAUGGAGAGAGAAAGCGGCAGCAAAAAUCUGUACGCGGGUAGAGGCCUCGACAAAUUCUACGCUCUCUUAGCAUAUCUCGAUGAUAAGAAGCAGGAGAUCUACACCGCAGCUUCAAGAGCCCCGCCGACGGAGGCAAAGAGCGAGAAGACUAUGAAAAAGAAGAUUGCGACGACGCCUGAGAUGCAAGAGGAGAGUUUUAAGCUGGAGGAUCUGAAGCAUCCUCAUUUCUAUUUCCAGGUGAUGGUGGUGUUGAUUCUUUUGUUUCUCACGAUUUAUGGCCGCUUCUUCGCGAUCCUAUGCACGUCGAUCGGGUGGUAUCUGGCUCCGACCAUCACCGGAGGGAGCGGCGCGACGACGGUGGCUAGUGAGAGAAAGCCGAAGAGAAAGAAGGAGUAUGUGAGGAAGAAGAGCGAGGUUGUGCAUAGUGAGGACCCAUCUUCACCGAAAAGUGUGAUAAACGGACUUAAUCGAGUUCACCAGCAACAUGAUUGUAAGACAAGUUGGUGA